UGGGACUCCUCAGCUGGCUCCCACUUGCGGGCAGCACUGCAAUGCCAGAGCUCCCUCAGAACCUUCUGGUCAUUGCUGACAUGCCUCUGUGCCCUUUUCUCCUCCUUCCGCUGCUCAGCUUGUUCCACCAAGCCCUGCGAGCCUCCUCUCCCUGCCUGCAGCCACCACCCCUGCUGCUCACCUUCCUGGCCACUCCUGGAAAUGUCUCCCAACAGCGCGACACCCAGGGCUGCGUUGCAUGCCUGGGGAGCGGCACCGGGAUACUGCACUACCAGCUGGGCCCGGGAGUAAGACCAGAGGCUGAGAAGAAAGAGAUGCAGCCACCAGCCGCACCACGCUGCACCUGGUACCUGAAAUCGGCUUGGGUGAGGAGCACCUCUCGCUGGGUAGGGCAGGGCAUGCUGCAGACAGGCCUCCUACCGGCAAGCACUCCUCUGCCCCAAAGAACUAGUCUGGUGGCAAAUAUCACCAGAGAUGUCUGCAGGCUUGGCUCUGCAAGAGACUGGCAAAGGGAACAGUGCAUCUGCAAGAUGACAGAGGUGCGGAAGCCCAUCAGUCCAUGUGGCCUCAAAUAAAUCCACAUUCAACAACAGGUUCCUGGCAGCCAAAGCAAUAGUUAUCCCCAACAUGAUAGACCUGGAGAAAGCGCUGAUAGCAGACAUUCCUAAAAACCCUGUGACACUUUUAACGGUGCUCUUCAUUCUUGCAGCCUACUUGCUCUUGUCCCUCUGGGCCAUGCAGAAAGACAGGGCUGACAGGGCCAGCAAAGACAAGAUUAUAGUUCUGCCUAACAAUGACCCCUUGGAUAAAGUCAGCUUUUUGGUCACAUUAUACACAGGCAGUCACUGGGGAGCUGGAACCAAAGCUGACGUUUUUCUCCAGCUCAUCAGUCAGAACGGCACAAGCAAUGUCCACUGCUUAUGGCACCCACAGGUUCCUUCUUUCCAUCAAGGAAGCACUGACUGCUUUCUCUUCACUACUAGGGAAGGCUUAGGAGACAUCUGCGCCUUCGGGAUCUGGCACAAUAACAGAGGCCCAUCUCCUGGCUGGUUCUUAAGUAGAGCCAAAGUUGAAAACACGUCCACUCGGAAGACCUGGUUAUUUAUGUGCAGGAAGUGGCUUUCUCUCAACAGGGGAGAUGGCUUACUGGAAAGGACAUUUUCCGUCACAAACCCCAAAGAUCCCCUACCCAGAAAGGACUACUUUUUGAUACAUCUCUCCAAUCAUCUGAGAGAGGGCCAUCUGUGGACCUUGAUUUUUGCUCGCUUUCCCACCGGCACUUUCACCAGGCUCCAAAGGUCAUCUUGUUGGGUAGCAAUGUUAUUACUGAAGUUGCUCUUUAACAUCAUGUUCUUCAAAGUGGCCAACAAUGAACAAUAUCCAAUCCACUUGAUAUACCUGAGAUCAAUUAUAAAAGGAACUGCCUGUUUUUUGGUGACCUGCCAUCUCGAAAAGAUUAUCAUUGCCUUACUUAAGUAUUCCCAGAGGGAACCUUCUUCUCGUGCCUUGGCUCAGAAGGACACUGCAGAAGAAGGGGGCAACUUUCUGAAAGCAAGCAAGCCAGUAGGACUCACCUCCAGGCUCUUUCACAAGAGACCUCACAUAGAUCUUUGUUGGUGGUGCGUCUACCUCUCAUGGGCAUUGCUUCUAGCUGUAACUGGGGUAUCAUCAUUUUUCAUUGUCCUUUAUGGUCUGUCUUACGGUUACCAGACUUCAGUCGAGUGGCUGUCUGGAUCGGCAACCUCCUUUUUUGAGAGAGUGUUCUUCUUUCCAGUCCUAAAAUCCCUUUCUGUCUCAGCUAUGAGAUCAAUUCAUCCAAAGUGCUGUGAGAACAUUAUGUGGUUAACUCAAGAAUAUUAUUCCAAGAUUAAGCUGGAUAAGGAAAAGCCAAAUGAAGACAAGAUGAGGCAGAAGCACUCUAAACUUGCCCAAAUCAGAGACACCAAGCAGCGUAAGCCUUCAGAAGCCGGAGAAAUUGGAAAGAUGCUGGGAAGGGCAAAAAUGAAAAUCAGGGCUUUUAUUUUCAAAAGAAAUUUCAUUAGCCACGUCGCCUUUUUUGCUCUGUUAUUAAAUUUUGCCUUUUCUGUUCAGAACAACAGUUUUCACUACAACCCACAUAUUCUGAACCAGUUCGCUCCCAGACUCUCCCCUCUGAACAAGCUAUUAGAACAUCCUCACUCGUGGGCAAAUCUUGUCUUCUUGCCUUUCAUCCACAACGACACUCAGCCAGCCUUUCUUACCAAGAGCUGCACCUAAAUCACUGGUUGGCCUAGGAUGAGGGGGCAAGUAUGGGUUGAAGGCGCAGAGGAAACUUGUUUCCAACCUCACGGCUUUGUAAGCAACUCUGUGGCCAGGAAAAGCCACUGGCUUCACCAGCACAGCAGUGGCAUCCAAGCUGCUAUCACAGCUGCCUAUAGAGACAGGAGACAACCUGUUAGCGAAGAACCAUCUGAGGACGCUCAAUACUAGAAAAAUAAAUACUUGUAGUUUGAUAGAAGA